GCGUGUUUUAUUGCUCUGGCUUCAUGCUGUCAUUCAUCUCCAGAGCCCCUUGUGUAAUCAGUGAAUCGCGCGCGCUGUGUGAGUGCGUUCAGCAGCACUAAGAUCUGUGCGCUCGGAGGUGUUGUUCAGGAGCACCGGCUCUCUCUUCUCCCGGACCGGACACCGGUGACCAUGGCAGACACCUUCUAAAGCCAUCACGGAGAGAUACGCGUUUGUACCGACUAUGGCUGUAGACGCUGUUUGGACUCUCAUUCUGACGGCACCCAUUCACUGCAGAGGAUCCAUUGGAGAGCAAGUGAUGGAAUGAUAAAUCUCUCCAAAUCUGUUCUGAUGAAGAAACAAACUCAUCUGUAUCUUGGAUGGCCUGAGGCUGCGUCCAGCUUCAGCUUCUGUCGGGCUGCGCUGGAGCACACGGUCUCAGCAGAGGAGCUCAACUAUCAGCUGCCACGCAAGGCCGGGGGCAACCUGACCUGGCAUGAAGGACGCGGCCAGAGGGUGACGAGGAGGACCGUCAAACUGCUGCAGCAGCCCGGCACAGAAGGAAUACAGAUCCAGCCAGGAGAGGCCUUCACUGUGUACCACACCAGCCCAACGCUGUCCAGCUUAUGCAAACCAGUGGUGCUUUGGACCCAGCAGGACGUGUGUAAGUGGCUGAAGAAACACUGUCCACACAACUACCUGACCUAUGUGGAGGCUUUCUCUCACCACGCCAUCACAGGUCGUGCCCUGUUGCGGUUGAACGGAGAGAAGCUGGAGAGGAUGGGUAUAAUCCAAGAGACAUUGAGACAGGAAGUCCUGCAGCAGGUCCUACAGCUACAGGUCAGAGAGGAAGUGCGUAACCUACAGCUGCUCAGCAGAGCUUCCUUCGGCAACAUUUCAUAGCUCGUCUAUACUUUUGGCAGCUCUCUCGACUUCCCGGCAGAUACGGGAGGACUUGUUCCAAAUGGCUACAGAUAGAGAGAGAGAGAGAGAAUCUGCCUGUGGACUGUUAACUCAACACCAAUUUUAACAGACAGGACCGUCUUUUCAUGCAAAUCUGAAUGGGACUCAAAAGGACAAAGUCGGACUCUAAAACUGUAAUAUAGUGAAAAGAUUCAAGUCUCACCUCAUCUCUACAAAACCUAGAGCACCAACCAGAGCUCUGUCAGACAAUAGUGAGCAUACGGAUUGGAUCAAGACGUUGACUUUCAAGAAGUUGACUCCAAAUCUGAAGUUGAACAUUGAUCUCAGAUCAUGUUAAGGAGCGAUUCAUCUCAUCUAGUGUUGGGAUGUCUGACAGACCCAGCAUCACUCGCUCAACAUGGACGUAGAUGCAAUGCUGAAGAAAUCCUGUGUGGGAACAGACAAUUCCUUCUCCUACCUCUCACGAUAGAUUGUAUCAUUUCAUUUGCAGAGAAAUAGAUAUAGAGUAAGGCAUGAAGUUUGAUUAUCCAAUAUAUUCCCAUUCAAGCUAAAGGGAUGUUCACACUGACAAAAACAACAACUACAUGAUUUGAAACUGGACAAUUUGUUUAAAAAUGAUCAAUGAAUGUUAAUAACAUCAGAUGCACACACCUAAAAACCAACCAUCGUUUUGCUUUUCUUCUCAGGACGUUCAAGAGCUUUGUACAUUGUUCCUGCUGUUUCCUUCAUAAGUUGCAUUCCUUUUAAACUCUUGCACACAAUGUAGCAGGUUUUCUCCUAAUAUACAAAGAAUAUAUCAGAAUAUGAAUAUACCUUUACUCUUGGAGUUAGAGUAUGUGUCUAGAUCCAGUUGUUCCAGUUGUCCAAGCAAUAAUGUAAAGAGGUGCCACAGGUCUGCAUGGCUAGACCGGUUAGAGACCGUUUUUAAAUCAGCUUACACCUUACAGUCACAAAAUGUAGGUCUGCUACAUACUCUACGCAAGCAAACGCUUCUAGGUUCUACAUCAAUUUGGAGUUGCAUUGCAAGAUUUAUAACACACUUCAAGUACAGUCAGUUUUCUCUUUGAGGUCAACUAUUGUGAUGGCAGAGCAGCAGAUUGAAGAGAACACCAAAUAGUUGUUCGUUUUCAUUGGAUCAGUGUGUUUAAUGUUGGUGUUUGUUGGGUCAGUGUGGACAUGGCAGUUGUGUUUCUCAACUUAAUAAAUCCAAAAGCUAACUUUACAUAUUUGAAAUGUUGCUGGCUGUGUGAACUAGGCUUUUGAGUAAUGAGGUUUGUUAUCUCCAAGAACGCAAGAAGGCAUGUUAAAGGUAUGUACUGUAGAGAGACAGUUUGUUUCCUCUAGUGUGAUUAAAGGAGCUUUUGCAGGAGAAUAUAAUUCUUUCCAUAUUGUGAUUUUGACUUUAUUAGUGCUGAUGAAUCCUGAACGCUCCAGCACUCAACUACACUGUGAUGCAGUGGCAUGUUUAAGGAAGGUUGAAUGUUAGUCUGAGUUACUGUAAAAUCUCAUUUUUACAAAGCAGCUGGAGUCUCAGUGUGACACCAGUCAUCGUUCAACGCUUUUACACAAUGUACUCAAAGCUGACAGAAAUUUGGCCCUGUGACACAAACCAAUUCAGUCCAUCCAGGUUAUAAGUGUUUAUAUGAAACUGACAGGCUGGAAUUCUCUCUGAAAUUCAUGUGACGUAAUGAUAGAUGGGUUUCCAGAGCAUUUCGCUGACACGCUUGCAUUUUUUCUCCCCAGACAUGCAAUGGGUUUUUUCUUUAAAAUCUAGUUAUGCAAAAAUGCGAGGGAAAUGAACAUUGGUUAUGUAAUGACUUGCUACCAAUAUGAUUAUAUAAGACAUGGUGUGGCAAAGACAGCUGUAUGCGUGUGUUUUGGAAUAAAGUUUUCAAAAUACGGAUUUCUCAUAUGUGAAGUUUGUCUUUCACUAUUGUUUGAAACAAU